AGACAUUGCUGUUGCUGGCGUCUCGUAAAAUCGUAGAAUCAAUCGGCGGCGCGCGCGACAGGUCGGUCAGUCGGGAAGAUGUAAUAUAUCGCUCGCCCUUUCUCGCUUCUGUCUUUUUGCCGACGAGAUACCGCGGAGCAUCGUCCGCGCGACUCCUCCGUUCGAGAAACACAUAUAUAUCCUCAAACAUGAACGGACAGGUGCAUUCGUCGCGGGAGAGGUUAGGUGGUUUCGGUCCCGGCAGUUUUGGACUAUUUUCCGGGAUGAUCCCAGAUCGUGUACCGGCUAUACAAAUUCCUAUCUCGGAUCGUGGUUUUGGAUCAUCCGAGAUGCCAUUGGACGACGCUAUGGCCGCUACGGAGGUCGACAGCAGAGUCAAGACUAAAUUGCUCUCCAUGUGGAACAAUGUUAAAUAUGGCUGGACAGUGAAGAUAAAGACAAACUUCUCUAAAGAAUCUCCAGUAUGGUUGCUGGGUCAAUGUUACCUGAAAAAAUCGGAGGAUCCCUUGGAGAGGGCGUCGGAAGCUCUGGAGCCGGUUGGAACAGGGAGUCAGGUUUCCUUGGCGAUGGACGCCACCAACUUCGAGAAUACGAUAGAGGAAUUUAAGAGAGAUUUUGUAUCACGCAUCUGGUUAACAUAUAGACGAGAAUUUCAGACACUGAACGGCUCCACCUUCACCACAGACUGCGGCUGGGGCUGCAUGCUGCGCAGCGGGCAAAUGAUGCUAGCGCAAGCGUUGGUCUGCCAUUUUCUCGGACGGGAGUGGAGAUGGCGAUCGGAACAACCGAUGGACACUCUUCAAGAGAUGCUGGAUGACCGUAAUCAUCGAAUGAUUAUUAAGUGGUUUGGCGAUCAAUCAGAAUCUCCGUUCUCCAUACAUAGACUCGUACUGCUGGGUGCUGCCGCGGGAAAACGUGCGGGCGACUGGUACGGUCCCUCCUCGGUCGCGCAUCUUUUGAGUCAGGCUGUGGAAUGCGCAAGCAAGCAACCCGAUAGUAAACUCGACCAAUUGGCAGUAUACGUUGCACAGGAUUGUGCAGUAUAUUUGCAAGACGUUGAGAGUGUUUGUCGCACUCCCGAUGGUAAAUGGAAGGCGCUGGUGCUGUUGGUGCCUCUGCGACUCGGCGCCGACAAACUGAACACCGUCUACGCGCCCUGUCUGACAUCGUUACUAACAUUGGAUACGUGUAUCGGCGUAAUCGGCGGUCGACCGCGACACUCGCUCUAUUUCAUUGGCUAUCAGGAUGAUAAAUUGAUUCAUCUGGAUCCGCAUUAUUGUCAGGAGACUGUAGAUGUGUGGAAAAAUGAUUUUCCGUUGACAAGCUUCCACUGCACAUCGCCGAGGAAGAUGUUGCUCUCGAAGAUGGACCCUAGUUGUUGCGUAGGCUUUUACUUUCCCAAUAGGGAAUCGCUCACCGAUUUUAUGGAGACGAUUCGACGAUUCGUGAUACCGAAUCAGAAGACGAACUAUCCAAUGUUUCUGUUCUGCGAGGGAAGCGGCAAAGAUCUCCAGCAUGGUAUCGAGGUCGUCGAAGGUCUCUUGCCGUCAACGAGUCCGUUCGUCAAUCACGAGACACCGGAGGACGAGCUGUAUGAGUCUGAAGAGUUCGAGUUACUGCAAUAAGAUAAAAAAAGGGAGGAAAAAAGAACAAACAAGUGAUAUUCAAAUGAAUAUCGAGCAUACUCUCGCGAAAAUAUCUUUACUCAUAAGCGUCCAACAUUUUUUCGCGGCAGUAUUCUUUAUAUAUUCGUUCCUCUGUAGCAAAUGUAAAAAAACGUCGAAACAAACGUGAGUCGAAUAUUAUAUCGGAAAGAUAAAAUCGGAGUGCAUGCGGAGAGCAUCUCCAUGAUCUCAAUGCGUGUUUGAGGAUAAGAUUCGAGUUUCACGCAAUGACCAGUUAUUGUUACUUACAAGGUAAGAAGUAAAGAAAGAGCAAGAUAUUAUUCCCGACGAUGUUCUAGUACAACUUAAUCGAUUAAACUGACCGUAUAUUUUUUCGAUCAUCUAAUAUGUAUAUAUUAUGCGCAAUGAGAAUGCACAAUUUUUCUCAUCUGAUUAUACACGAUCUCGAAAUACGUUGAUCGUUUUAUUAUUCAUUAAUUAAUAAGUAAUAUUAACUUGAUAUAACUUAAUAUCAUAAUAAUUCAGUAACAAUCAUAUUUAUUUAUUUCGCAUGUGUAUACAAAGCGGAAACGUUCAUAAAUAUUGAAACAAUUUUGCGAAGACGCGCAUUUCAUUGAAUUUAAAUCAAGAGAAUAUAUGUUUGUAACAAGUUUUUGCUAAAUUCUCUCUAAAAUAUAUGAAACGAAAGUCCGCGCGGAUAUAAGAGAACGCGACAGUUCUCACAAGUCUGAUUUACUUAAAGAAAAACAUAAUAAAGCAUUAAUUUAUUUAUUUAUUUAUUUUUUUACGACUGAAGUCCUGAGUAAUUUCUGCCUUGAAAAAGGAAUAACGAAGGAUUCGUUAGGAACGUGAGCAUGGCAUAUACAGGGUGAAGCAGCUAAUAGUGUACGCCUAAAUAUCCGUUUAAGAAAGAUCUGACAUCUGUAUCUAUUUAUACAUAUAUCUAUAAAUAAAAGAAUCGAUAUUUAAAAAUAUGUAUGUACCUAACGAUAUGUUAAUGAAAUUUUCGAAAUUUCAAACACUUUUACUCUUCUUAAAUGAAUUUUUUCUCUAUUAUUAUAUAGUCCUAUCUUUAAAUUGUACUUUAUCUUUAAAAAUAUUUUCGACAAUACGACAAGAAUGUCUAAAGUAGAAGAAAGUAGAAUAUAUAAUAGGAUAUAGAAAAUUAAUUACUUAAUUUUUCGCAUUUCGAGAUUAUUCAAGGGUUAAGAAGCAAAAGAAAGAAGUAUAUAAUAACAGUAUAGAAGCAGAUAAUACUCAAGUGUGAUGACAAAUAAAAAAAAAAUCUAUAAUUCUAAACAUAUAUAAUAAAUCUCUAUAUAAAAAUAGAAAAGUAAGAAUAAAAAAGAAGACUAGUUAAAAAAUCAUUUAGAUGUAUUCUAUUGGAGAGAUAUGCCUCACCCUGUAUACAUAUAUAUAUUUACAUAUAUAUAUGGGAAUAUUGUACUUAUAUUGUUAAAGCUGUACACGCGUAAUAUUGAACGUUGUUAUAUAUCUCUCUUACAUCGAUAACGCUAUAUACGUUGGAAAUAAAGUGAGAAAUGUGUGGCGAUUACAUGGCGAUUAAUCCUAGAAUCACUACUUUGUACUAUACCUUGAACUUUGGCCAAGCAAGUUAACUCGCAAAUACAUACUAUAUUCAUAAAAAAAGAUAAUCGCAAAAAGAUAACCGACGCAUAGCUCGCGUUUAUUUCAAUACUCAACUUUGUUUCAGCUCACUUUGCAAAAGUCUAACUAAAAAUUAAUACGACACGGUAAACAUAUACAGGGUGUCCCGAAAGUAUUCCAUUAAAUAUCGCGAAAAGUUUUUCUAAACCACUCGUAAAAAUUAUGUCUCGAUAAUUUCUUGCUAACUGUAAGGGAAAAAAUUCCUUUAUUAAAGGAACAUUUAGUACUUCUGGGACACUUUGUAUAUUCGUUACUGCUUUUAUAUAUAUAUAUAAUUGGCUAAUAGUAUAUGUAAUUCUCGCGCGCUAGGUACAGUUGUUACAAUAUGACUAUCGUUGCCGUUCAACAUAUUGAAUUAUUAUAAGAUCUCGUUGGAUUAUCUCGGUGUUGCGCGUCGAAAACAUCUAUUAUUGUCGAUACGAUAUCGCGUAUAUGCAAGUAAUGUGAUUCAUGCGUGUGUGCGUUUGUUGUAUGUGUGAAUGAGAAAGCAAAUUGCGCGCAACGUUAUAGUACGCGUUCUCUCUGUGUUAUUGCAGGACAAGAGUGCUUAUUAUUUGAGAUCGUGUGCGCGGUUCGCGAAUUGGAUAGAGAUCCCAGAUAGGUUUAAAUAGAUCUGUUUAUCUCAAUCUUUUAAUAUGUAAGAAUGUAGAAAUAUUCUUAGAUAUAAUUUUCGGACUCUAUCUAAUCUUGUUUUUUUCUACAUCUGUGUACGUGUGGAUCUAAUUUUCAAAUAUGUAAAAAUUAUAUAUAGAUUGAAAAAGAUAUAGCCCCACAAACAGAUCUAAACACAGAUCUAAGUAGACCUAUUUAAGGAUCAGAGAGAAAGAGGGAGGAUCUAUUCGAGAUGAUCAUCCGCGUACAUUUAAAUAUAUUUAUCUAAAAAAAA